AUGAUGGCUCAACACCCUCUGCCCACCCUCGUCCCGAUGCUAAUAGACCCAGAGUUGAUGAAGGGCGAUGAACCAACCAGGCAAGCUACAGCGGUCCUAGAGCAGUUUAAUGCUGCGGUGGCGUCUGGGGAUGUUGAGGCGCUGAAGAGUUGUUUUUAUGCCGAUCAGGCGUACUGGAAGGACUCAUUGGCUCUGACUUACCAUUUGCGGACUUUUCUCGGGCCAAACGUUAUUGCUGCCGCAUUUCUUCAGACAAAAGUCCUGCGAGGUCUCCCCCAGGGUCUCCAAGUGGACGGUGGGGCCGUCUUUCUGCCUGCUACCCCAGUCCUUGUAAGUGCAGCAAGAUUCUCACGAACUUCUGGCCGGCCUACGAAGCAUGGGCUGAUGCGAAAUCCCGAAGCAAUUUAUCGAUUGUCCUAUCAAGUUCCAAACAGAAUCCCCGGCUGCCACGUGCAGCGGAAAGAUCUUGCUUUUACCUGUACAGGAGAAUGGUAG